AGGCGAGAACAGGGGUUGUGCAUUGCUGAAGGGGGAGAGGGUUGGCGUUGUGUAAAGGCGAGCACGGAGGCAGCAGAAAUGAGCCUAAGGUGAGCCCAGAGGUGCUCGGCAAGGGCCUCUGCAACUCUGAAUUCACAACCGGAAGAUUCCACGGCUGCUCGUCCAUCGCGGAGGGCGGGGUUCCCUUUCUGGGAUGCAUUCCAGCUCUGCAAGAUGACUUGUUUGGGCAUGGAGUGAUGUAAUUGCUUUUGGCAGAUGCCGUUGCUCUUGUAGCACAGACCCAACCCUGCGCUCUGCAGACGCCGUCGGAGCUUCUGGAAGACGCCUGGGUCUCUCUGACUCUUCACCAUGUUCCUCGCUCAGGCUUUGUUGGAUGCUGCCACCGGUGGUGGUGGUGGUGGUGGUGGUGGUGGCAGUGGCAGUGGCGGCGGCGGCGGUGUCGGAGGAGCUCUCCUGAAGAGCCUCGGAGGUGGAGGUGGAGGUGGGGCUGGUGGAGCCCUCCUGAAAGGCCUAGGAGGUGGAGGUGGAGGAGGUGGGGCUGGUGGAGCCCUCAUGAAAGGCCUCGGGGGGCUCCUGUCAGGCGGCGGUGGCGGUGGUGGUGGGAUGAAAACCGGGAACAUCAUGGGGCUGGUAGGGGGGCUUGUCAACAUCAUCAGUGAGGCAGCAGCUCAGUACACCCCGGAGCCUCCGCCGGCCCCCCGCAGCCAUUUUGCCAAUGUGGAAGCCAACGAGAGCGACGAGCUACGCCAGUUCCGGCGGCUCUUUGCCCAGCUGGCCGGAGACGACAUGGAGGUGUGCCCCACCGAGCUGAUGAACAUCUUGAACAAGGUGAUGGCCAGGCACCAAGACCUGCAGUCGGGCGGCUUCAGCCUGGACACGUGCCGGAGCAUGGUGGCGGUCAUGGACAGCGACACCACGGGCAAGCUGGACUUCUACCAGUUCCGUUACCUGUGGACCAACCUCAAGAAAUGGCAGCAGGUCUUCAAGCAACACUGCAGCCCGGCAGGGACCGUCGAGAUGGCCCAGCUGCCCUCUGCUUUCAAGGAUGCCGGGUUCAACCUCCACGAACAGCUCUACGCGCUGAUGAUCCGCCGAUACGCCGACGAAGACGGCAGCAUGGAUUUCAACAACUUCAUCAGUUGCCUGGUGCGUAUGGAUGGCAUGUUCCGUGCCUUCAAAUCUCUGGACAGAGACAACGAUGGCAACGUCCAGAUGACCAUCCAGGAGUGGCUGCAGUUGACCAUGUACUCUUGAAACCCUCCCGACUGGCAGAAAGAAGAUGAUGACUGCAGCGAAGACUACGAUCCUCAUUCUGACUUUAGGACCUCAAGGGUGUCCAUUUAGUUAAAAUACCUGGAUCUUCUUCUGUUUUGG